UCCUUGCAUUACACCAGAGCCCUCCAAGAGCAAGAAAAUCAAGAAAUCAACAAGAAGAUAUGAUCCAUAAAACCCCAGCUCUAACAUGCACUGCGAUCCUCACACUACUCCUAACCUUUUCACCAGUAACAGUUUCAGUAACUGAUCUCUAUGACAACCCACAGGACCCAACAAUCCUCCAAGUCACAGACAAUCCUACCCUUAACAACAGGAAGUUCAUGAAAAAUGGUCUUAACCUUCUGGGAACUGAAGAGAAGUUCAAGAUGUUUAUAAAAGAGCACAACAAAGAAUAUGCAACUAGAGAAGAGUACGUGCACCGCUUUGGGAUCUUCGGCGAGAACUUGAUCAGAGCUGUUGAGCAUCAGGCACUGGACCCCACUGCAAUUCAUGGGGUCACUCCGUUUAUGGACUUGACCGAGGAGGAAUUCGAGAGAAUGUAUGCUGGUGUUUUGGGUGGAGGUACUGUACCAGUGGAGAAAGGUUCUGUUUCUUUCAUGGAUGCAAGUGGUUUGCCUGAUAGUUUUGACUGGAGAGAGAAAGGGGCUGUCACUGAUGUCAAGAUGCAGGGUUCUUGUGGAUCAUGCUGGGCUUUUAGUACCACUGGAUCCGUUGAAGGAGCAAAUUUUAUUGCAACAGGGAAGCUUCUCAAUCUCAGUGAACAACAGCUUGUUGAUUGUGACAGGGUGUGUGAUAAGACAGACAAGGCUUCAUGCGACGAUGGUUGCGGUGGAGGACUCAUGACCAAUGCCUACAGGUAUUUGAUUGAAGCAGGGGGGUUACAAGAGGAGAGUUCAUACCCUUAUACAGGUAAAAGUGGCGAAUGCAAGUUUGAUCCUGAGAAGAUAGCUGUAAAAGUUGCUAAUUUCACCAAUAUCUCUGUUGACGAGAACCAAAUUGCGGCAAAUUUAGUUCACCAUGGACCUCUUGCAAUUGGAUUGAAUGCAAUAUUCAUGCAAACUUAUAUCGGGGGAGUCUCGUGCCCACUUAUUUGCGGCAAGAAAUGGCUCAACCAUGGUGUUCUGCUUGUCGGGUAUGGUGCAAGAGGCUACUCCAUUCUUAGAUUUGGCUACAAGCCGUAUUGGAUCAUCAAGAACUCAUGGGGAAAGCAUUGGGGAGAGAAGGGAUAUUACCGGCUUUGCAGGGGACAUGGUAUGUGUGGCAUGGACAAGAUGGUCUCUGCAGUGGUAACCAAGGUUGCCUAAAUAUACCCGUGCAAGCCGAACCAAAGUGACGAAAGAAGAAGAAUAAAGAUUAAACUUGGUCUGUCAAAUCUAGUUAAAGUCUAGCUAGCUACUUGUUAUUUUGCUAGUUAAAAAGGAUACCCAUGAGUGUACACGGGUUAUGGAUUAUGCACUACGUAAUCAAAAUACCAUGCUUUGCCUAUUGGUUUCCUCA